AUGGAUAAUUUCACGAUGAGUGGGUUUCUUCUCAUGGGUUUUUCUGAUACGCCUGAGCUAAAAAUCUUCUAUGCUUCUCUAUUCCUCGUUCUGUACUUGUUGGCUUUAGGUGGCAACAUGCUCAUCAUCACCACCACUUCCCUGGAUGACAGUCUCCAGUCCCCCAUGUAUUUCUUCCUGAAGCAUCUCUCCUUGCUGGAUCUCUGCUAUAUUUCAGUGACUGUGCCAAGAUUCAUUUACAACUCUUUCAUGCACAGUGGGAAUAUUUCCCUCUGGCAAUGCAUCGUGCAGUGCUUUGCUUUGAUGACCUGUAGUUCUGCUGAGCUAUCCAUGCUCACGUUGAUGUCCUAUGACCGCUAUGUGGCCAUCUGCCUUCCCCUGCGCUAUGACGUCAUCAUGGACUUCAGAACCUGUGUCCAUGGGGUCUUCGGCGUCUGGGUCAGUGGGGUCAUCUCUGGAGUCAUGCACGCGGCAACUACUUUCUCCAUCCACUUCUGUGGCCCCCGUGUCAUUCACCAGUUCUUCUGUGAUAUCCCCCAGAUUCUGAAACUUGCAUGCUCUAGUGAAUUUAUGAGUGAAAUAGACAUCAUUCUCUUUACAGCUCUGCUGGCAUUUCUUUGUUUCCUGUUUAUUGGAUUCUCCUAUGUGCAAAUAUUCUCUUCGGUGCUGAGGAUGCCAUCUGCGGAGGGCAGAGCCAAAGCCUUUUUCACUUGCCUCCCCCACCUCGCUGUUGUCAUAUUGUUCCUUUCUACUGGUGCCUUUGAGUAUUUCAAGCCUCAAUCUGAAUCUCCAACAGCCUUGGAUAUGUUCCUCACUAUUAUGUAUACGGUAGUUCCCCCAGCAUUGAAUCCAAUGAUUUAUAGCCUGAGAAACAAAGCCAUAACGUUAGCGCUGAGAAAGGUGUUUCAAAGAAGAAGAGAAGCACUUACUUCCAUUCAUUCACUCUUGGGUGAAAAGUUCAACAAAUAA